ACCAAAAUCUUUGAGAGAUUCAAAACAAACAAAAGAAGAGGUGGAUGUCAGAAUUUGAGAUCGAAAAAAAAAAAAAAAAAAGAUGCUGCUACUGGUUGGAAUAUCCUUCAGCAUCUUUAACCGCACUUUUUUUUCUUUUUUUUCUUUUUUUUUCUUUAACCGCAUCUUUAAUAUUUUUCGGUUUAAAAAGGAUCAUCUUCUCCCUCCUUCCUUCAUCAUCAUCGUCUUCUUCACCAUUCUCGUUUCUUUUCUUCUCAUCACAAAUUCCUUCUCUCUCUAUAUCUCUCGUCUCUACAGAGAGAGAUACAAAACCUCCAAGUACGUUUCAUCGAUCUUAAUUCAACAAAAAAUUGUGUAAAGCUUUGAUCAAUAAUUAUGGAUUCUCGUCGAUCGUUAAUGUCCGCCACGGCGAGUCUGUGUUUGCUAUUGUCUAUCUUCACCACCUUCGUCGUGGUGUCUAACGGUGAGCUUCAGAGAUUUAUAGAGCCGGCGAAAAGUGACGGUUCCGUUAGUUUUAUAGUCAUCGGAGAUUGGGGUCGCCGUGGCUCCUUCAAUCAGUCUAUCGUUGCUUAUCAGAUGGGAAAAAUUGGAGAGAAGGUUGAUUUAGAUUUCGUGGUGUCUACGGGAGAUAACUUCUACGACAAUGGAUUGUUUAGUGAACAUGAUCCAAACUUCGAACAAUCUUUCUCUAACAUCUACACUGCUCCAAGUCUCCAGAAACAGUGGUACAGUGUUUUGGGAAACCAUGACUAUAGAGGUGACGCAGAAGCUCAGCUGAGUUCUGUUCUCCGGGAAAUCGAUAGCCGUUGGAUUUGUCUUCGAUCAUUUGUCGUUGAUGCAGAGUUAGUAGAGAUGUUCUUUGUUGACACGACUCCAUUUGUGAAAGAAUACUACACAGAAGCAGAUGGUCACACAUACGAUUGGCGCGCAGUUCCAUCUCGCAACUCUUAUGUCAAGUCUCUCCUCCGUGAUCUCGAAGUUUCCUUAAAGAGUUCUAAAGCAAGAUGGAAGAUUGUUGUUGGUCAUCAUGCAAUGAGAAGCAUUGGACACCAUGGAGAUACUAAAGAACUCAACGAGGAGCUUCUUCCGAUUCUCAAAGAGAACGGCGUUGAUCUCUACAUGAAUGGACACGAUCAUUGUCUUCAACAUAUGAGUGAUGAAGACAGUCCUAUUCAGUUUCUAACUAGUGGUGCUGGAUCCAAGGCUUGGAGAGGAGAUAUAAACCCAGUGACCAUCAAUCCCAAGUCUCUGAAAUUCUAUUAUGAUGGUCAAGGGUUCAUGUCCGCUCGGUUCACUCACUCGGAUGCAGAGAUCGUCUUCUACGAUGUCUUUGGUGAGGUUUUGCACAAAUGGGUCACUUCUAAACAACUUCUUCAUUCCUCUGUUUGAAGAAAUAAGACUAAUAAAUUUGGCUUCCUUUGUAAUUUUGUAACAUACAUUUAAGAUUUUUGUAAGUCCUAUUGCAGGCUAGGUAGGCUUCCUGCUUAGUUUAGCAUCCCUACCAUCUUUAGCUCUAGCUUAUUCCAUCACAAUAACAUAUAAAUGUACGAUUUUUUCCUCGGAUUUUUGAUACAACUGUAAUGAUACCCUUAAUGGGUAUCUUCUUAAUGCUA